ACAGGGCACUGUUUAAACUGUCUUUCUGCGACAAAAAAAAACUAAUUGCAAACAAUUACUGCAUCGCAAAAGCCAGACCCUGGCCAGUCUGUGGUGACGGAGGAAAUCUCUCUCGCAGCAGCCCGUCCUGUUCCAGGGCAGCAGCCGCGCCGCCGAGAGAGGCGCUGCUGCCCGCUUUCACGCGCUCCCUCCGAGCGCCAGCGCCAGGUUUGCAGUCUCUUGCAACAAGUUCCGCUGCCAUUUCAGCAUGGCUCCGCAAGGGAAAUACAUUCUGUACAAGGGGCUGUUAGUGCCAAGGGAAACGCAUUCCGCGGAAAGCCUGAAAUACGCCGAGGAGUUUAAAACUCGGGAUGACGACGUCUUCGCCGUGACAUACCCCAAGUCUGGCACCACGUGGAUGCAGGAGAUUCUGCCGCUGGUCCUGAGCGGGGGAGACCUGUCCUCGGUGCAGAGCCAGCCCAACUGGGACCGCGUGCCCUGGCUGGAGGAGACCAGGGCGGCCCUGGUCCUGGAUGGGCGCCCCGCGCCCCGCGCCAUGGUCACCCACCUGCCUCUGCCCCUCAUGCCCGCCUCCUUCUUCAAGGCCAAGCCCAAGGUGAUCUACGUCACCCGCAACCCCAAGGACGUGGUCGUCUCGUCCUUCCACUUUCACCAGAUGGCCAGCUUUCUGGACGACCCUGGGACCUUCGACGAGUUCCUGGACAAGUUCCUGGCAGGCGAGGUGUUGUUCGGGAAGUGGACAGAUCAUGUGAAGAGCUGGAGGUCCCCUGAGGUCCAGGAUCGGAUCCUGUACAUCACCUACGAGGAGAUGCUGGAGGACCUGAGAGGGGCCGUGCUGAAGUUCUCGCAUUUCCUGGGGAAGGAGCUGAGCGAGGAGACCCUGACGCACAUUGCAGAGCAGUGCUCCUUCAGCAGCAUGAAGCAGAACACGAUGUCCAACUACUCUCUGGUGCCCAAGGAGUUCAUGGACACCAGCAAGUCCCAUUUCCUCAGGAAAGGCGUUGCAGGAGACUGGAAGAAUUACUUCAGCCCGGAGCAGGAGACUCGGUUUCUGGCUGUAUACCGGGAAGAGAUGAAAGGAGUGGAUUUUAAAUCCUCCUGGGAUGAAAACUGACCAGAUUCCUUCUGCUCUCCAGUGUGGCGACUCAAGGCAUUAAUGUGCCGAUGCUCACAUUAGAGAAAACUGUUUGGUUUCCUCUGUUUAGGAUGGGGGCUCUUCAUUAUGUGAAAACCUAGCUGACACAAAAAAUAGCUCUCUGUUCAAGUGCUCCCGUCACAGAUAAGUGCAUUUGUACCUCAGUAAACUUUUUCUGCAACCAUCCCUCACACCUGAAAAAAACUGCUGGUAGUCUGAGUUCUUUGUGCAAGAUUUCGAAAGACAAGAUGCAUGCCAGCUGAGUUGCCUCCAGAUUUCCCACUUUUCCUUUUAUACAGUCUUGUGGUUACUUUUGGAUUGCGAAUGAAUACAUUUUAUUGCUGCACCCUUUGGUAUUGUAAUCUGAACAAUCUGAGGAUGCCCCCAUGUCAUUUUAGUCACCAGUGUUUUCCCACACCUGUCUCUAGAGAGUGCAGAGUUCUCUUGCCGAUUGUUUUAGAUAUUGAAUCUCACUGGCUCUGAAAACUAAAAUCUAUUUGCAUGGCUGAGUUACUAAUAAAACCAGUUUCUACUGGCGUCAGAAUAUUA